AUGGGGCCCGACACGGGGACCUCUCUUCAGGCGGUGUCAGCGCUCAACACGAGCUGGAUGGGGGAUGCAGAGCUCGGUGUGUCGGGACGGGCCCAGAUGGUCCUAGAGAUUCUGCUGGUGCUGAUGUGUUUGGGAGCCGUGACAGGUACAGGGUGAUUGUAUUUACCUGAUUUUAAUACAGUGCCACCUCUACACUUUUUUAAUGAUUUAAAUUUCUUUAUUCUCUCAUUUUAAAAGAAUCCUGACCCAGUUAAUUUUCCUUUCCUGUUCCUCUUACUAUGAUUGCUUCACAAAGUAGUGCACUUCAAAAUAAAAGCACAGUUUGACCAUGCAGUAAAUAGUAAUUUAAGCGCAUGACAGAAAAAAAGUCAAAUUAAAAUCAUAAAAAUAGUUUAUGGGGCAGUUUUUGCUCCUAAAAAGUUUCUGUCACAGAGCUGGUGAUGUGGAUAAAUCAUAAAUUUAAAAAUUAUUUGAAACGUAAGGUAAUUGAGUGUCUUAGUGGAGUUUAGGAAUUCAUAUGACACCCCACCCUUGUCUUGCAUUUUCUCAAUUUGACUGAAUAUCGUUCAAUAUCCUCAAUGGAUAUCAUGACAGAUUUGUUUUUAAUAUAUAUUAAGAGUUAGUAAACUUGAAAUGUUAACAAUGAUUUUUUAUCCUGUAUGAGAGUUUAUUUCACCUGUGUUUUAAGUCAGAGUCAUUACACAGACCCUGCUAACAGACAAGGUUGUAUAUUUGAAGGAACGGUCUUAAUUAAAAUCUCAGAAACCCUUUUGUUAAUUUUUGCAAUAUUUUACAACCAUCAAAUUGAUGCCUGGUAAUAAUAAUGUCCAUUUAAAUAAAGUCCAUUAGAGAGAGAGGAGAGGCAGCAGCUAAAAUGAAGUGUUUCAGACAGAGGCUAAAAAAAGAUAUUUUGAUACACCAGAGUAAGAAACACAAGGUUUUUUUAAAAUCUGUAAAUCAUGUGAAGAGGGAUCCGAGAGGAGGUAUAGUCAAAAAUCUUUGUGAUAUCCCAUCUUUAAAUAUGAUAAAUAUGUAGGGUUAAAGAGAGACAGCUUUUGUAUUAAAAAUGUUGAAUGCAUACGCAGCGAGACUGUCUCUUCCUCAUGUUAGACUGAUAUUUGCACGAGUGUUCAAUGAUUUGCAAUCUUGGUUUAACUGUUUUGAAGUCCUGAAAUGUAAAAAAAUCAACAUUUCAAAGUGCCAGCUAGUCUUGAUUUUGUCUCCAUUUAGCUGAAUGUGCUAACUGUGCAGUAAUUGUGUGUAUUUCUGUGUAGGUAACAUUCUUGUCAUUGUCAUUGUGGCUGCAACCAAGACUUUCCACUCGGUGGCGUCAGUGCUGAUCAUGAACCUGGCCGUCAGUGACCUCCUGGUGGGCGUGGGAGUGAUGCCCUUUGUAGCUUUGUCCAUCCUGAACCGUGGGUGGGUGGAUUUUUCUGUGAGUAACCCCUUUUUUGUUAUGUUUUGUUUUGUUUUAUCACUGGAUUACUCAUGGUUCAGCUUGAACACUCUUAUCUUUGAAAACCAGUGUUCAGACCCCCAACCUUGCUCCCUCAAAAAGGAUUAUACAGUUAAUUUGAAAUCCUGCUUCUGUUGCAAGAUAAAAACCAAAUCUUUAUUUUAAGAAACACAUUAAAAAAUUGAUGGAAAUCCUUAAAUACAACUUGACAAAUGAAACACAGAGCUGUUCUUUUCUGUCAACUGUAAUUAUGCAUGCUUUUUUUUCUCGCCACAUGCCGUAUUGAAUCACAUGCUGCAGGCGAGCUAGUGAGCGAAUCAAUAAACCAGCGGAGUCUUUAAAUAAACAAACCCUAGAAACAUCCGAAUAACAAAAUCAAUGUAUUAAAGCCGCAGUGGGAUACUGGUGAAGUAUCAUCAUCUGUAAAUCUGAGUAUUUCAAAUGAUAAUGUUAUAUAUAACUUAUUUAUACCUGUAGCUGUGUUUGACCGGAAUUAACUAGUUAGUUUGUCUGUGUGCAUUAUGCAUCUUUGUACCACUCUUUAUCUUAAGUUAUCUUUUUUUUUUUCCAUUAUGUUUUAUAUUUUGUAUCCAUUAUAACUGUGACCAGCUGAAGGACUGUAGAUGUAAACCAGCUUUAAAGAGGAGGUGUUACAAUAUUUAAGAUCAACAUGGAAGUCGAUCCUAAAUGUGACCAAAGUUUCAGACUGGGAGGUAACGGUGUGUUAGUGUUGUCCUAAAAUGAGACUGCAGGCUGGAUGAGGAUUGUGUGAGAAGGAUAAGAGAUAUGCUUAAUUUGUGACAUCAUUAAUUGGUAAAAGAGUGUAACUGGCACAAUACUUACCUGGGUCCAAAACAUAAAACCAUAUUUCAUUAUUUAUCAUCUUAAAUUGACCAAUUUAACCUUGUUAUCUAAAUCAAGUAGUGAUUGACCUUUUUUCAGUGUCUGAUGCAGAUUUGUGUCUUUUUUUAUGUGUGUUUGAUAAAAACAAUUUCAUACCAAUACUCACUAUUCCAUGCACAUCACACUUACUGCAUGGUUGUCUUGGCCAGUAACUACAGAAGAGGAUUAGGGUCACUGGAAAAAAAGGUCCAAUAUAAUAAUUCUGACUUAAAUCUCAGAAUUUUGACUUUUUUUCUCAGAAUAACAAUUAAAACAAAUGAUACAGGACCUUUUUUUUCACAGUGGCCCUAAUCCUCCUUGUAAGUAACUAAGUUUUGAAAUAGAAAACUACACUUAGUUAUGGGACAGGCGACUGAAUUUCUAUUAUACACCCACCAGUGUGUGUUUUACAUCCGAUAUCCUGUCAUUUCUGUUACAUUUGAGGAGAUGUUAAAACUACUCGGAGGCGGCCACACUGACAACGCUGUUUGCAGUGUCUGCACACAGUUAUCAUUAUUAUUUUUUAAUGCUGUGUUUUUUGGGGCAUUUUUUGCUUUUAUUAGAUAAGACAGCUGAAGAGAGAGAGGAAAUGGCAUUAGCUGGCCCAAGUCUAUAGCUUGAGGCAACAGUGGAAGAGGCUGCUGGAGUGCUGGGGGUGGUGGAGAGGAGGCCUUAAAGUAAACGACUAAAAUAAGCGCUUUUGAAGGCAUUGGCCUGUUUUGCACUGUGUCUUAUAUAAAGAAGUGCAUUAUGAAGGCUGAAAAUGAGCUUUAUACCUCAUCAGGUAAUUGUUGCAAUAAAUCAGUGGUAGUAUUAGUUUGAAAAAUGUUUACAAAUAAGCUGAAAAGAUGUCUAGAUGCACCUUUCUCCCCUCUGAUCCUGAGUGAAAACAUGUGCUGAGAUUGUCUCUCUGUCUGCAGGGCCUCUGUCUGUACGUGGGUUACACCUCCUCCGUUUACUGCACAGCCUCUGUUCUGACAUUAGCUGCCAUCGCCCUCGAUCGUUACCACUCCAUCAUGGACUGCCUGCGCUACAGCUCCCGCUGCACCCCGUGGAGAACCUGCGCUGUGGUGAUGUGGAUCUGGCUGCAAGCUCUGCUCACCAGCUGCCCUCCCUUGCUGGGCUGGAGCUCCAUUAGCUAUGUGGCUCCCAUGUACAGCUGUGCAGUCAAAUGGUCCAGCAGUCCAGGCUACACGGCUUUCAUGGCUGCCCUCUCCUACCUCAUACCAGCAGGGGUUAUCCUCUUUUGCUAUGUGAACAUUGUAAAGGUGGCGCGCAACCAUGCAAGGAGGAUCCAUUCACUGGAGGACUCUGUUCAGCGCAGCAGGAGUCCAGACUCUGCCCUCUCUCAUGGUAAUUCAUCUCACCUGCGCUGCCCCUCCAGGCUGGUUUACCAUCUAAGUGGGGAGUUUUUGUCUGAGGUCAGGAGGGAACAGGGGACUUAUAUCAGCUCUGCUCUCCCUGACACUGCAGCAGAGCAGAAUAAUUCAACAUCCAGACGGUUGUUCUCCUUCCUGGCUCAAACCACCUCUCAGCAGCAUAAAAAUCACCACGGCGUGCUGCGACUCCUCCUGGUUGUUGUAGCCUUCUUCCUCUGCUGGACGCCUUUCAUAGGUGUGGCGUUGGUCCAGGCUACGGAAACGGCAAUCUCAGGCCGGUCCAGCCUCGUCCCGCCUUCUGCUGUCACCUUUUCAUACCUGCUUGUGCUGCUGAACUCUGAUAUCAAUCCUCUUUUGUAUGCUCUGCUCAGUAAGCGUUUCCAGGGCGCCCUCAAGGGACUGAGGCAGAAAAUCGGAGCUCGUCUGGGGAUUUUUGUGGGCAGUGAAGGGGAGCUGAGAGCGGAGGAGGAUGCUGGAAGGAACAGUGAUCCCAACUCCCUGACCACCACCAACCUUGGUCCACAGUCCUGGUCUGAGACUUCAGUCUGUGAUGUUUACUCCUCUGUUUUUACCGUCAGCGCUGACUUCAAACAGUACUCAAAGGAGCAUCUAUGCAAACUGUGCCACCAUGGAAAUGUACCACCAUCCUCUGUGAUGGAACAAGACACGACGGGCAAAUAUACCAGGGUGGACUGCCUGCAGGUCCCAUCUUGA